AUGCAUUUGCGCGAAACCGCCGACGAUGCAGAAGACGUCGCGGCGGGCUUUCGAGUCUUCCGCGAGCCUCUGCCCCAAUUUGCGACCGAGAUCACCGGCCUAAUUGCAGAACUCUACGCCAUCAGCUCUUCCCUCAAGUCUUUGGAUGACUUGGCGAAUGACCACCGUCAUCACCAUAACCUACGUCUGGCCAGUGGCGAUUUGGAGUUGGUUCGCGUAAGCUUGAACUACACUCUUGACGACAUUAUCCACUUCUUCGGUAGCGUCGAAUCUUGGAAGGACCCUCCACAAGAGAUCUACAGAAAUACAUGGACCGAAUUGCUCCAACACUUCCGUAAAGAGGCGCAUUAUUCCCUUGCCAUUCGUCUACAAAAGUACAAGGCACUUCUCAAAGAGUUGGAGGAUUUGAUGAGAGAUGCACGUCCCGAUGCGACCCUUAUUUCAGGACUUCGAGACAAUAUCAAAGCUCUGCUUCCAAAGCAGGAGAAGCGGCUGCUUCCCUUUGUUUAUGGUGCACCAAGUAAUGCUGCUGAGCAAGGAAAUCCGGGCGCGGAGCGCAAGCCAUGCAGUCGCCGGUCGUAUGAACGUCCCCGGCCGUCACGACUCGCAUCUUCCACUUCUUCCUCCUCAGCAACCUCCUCCGAUGUCCCACCUUCUGCACCCUCUGCUCCUGACUCUCUUGCCGACUCAAACCUGUCACCAGCUCUGUAUGGUCUGGAGAACCAUUGGGCUCGAGAAGUAUUCUCGGACAACCCGAACGACCCACAGCCGACGCCCAUUCCUUUUGUGGGUGAAAGACCCAAAUGUCUCGGCGAUCCAAUCUUGGGCCUGAAGCAAUGGCUUCACGACGAAGGCUUUGAAGAACUCUUCCAACUGGCUUUCAGUGACCGCUCGACGGAACUUCGAGUCUCAUUCUACGUGCGAGAAAGCGACUUUCGAGCCCGGAUUGUAUGCAAGGUUCCCCAUUCUAAUCGACCAAGCGAUUAUUUCUGCAUGCCUCUCAAUCUGCUAGAGAUCGGGCGUGUGGGUUCAUGCCUCCAGAUUUGCCGUAGACGGCGUGGGGGACAGGAACUUGUGCUGUGGGCCAGUCUUAAAUUCAACACCAUCGAACGAAUGGUUCUCUUCUUCUGCACUUUUAUAGCCCUCCGUGCACAAGACUCUGGCCGUCCGGUGGAGAACAUUCGAGAUUACGAACUCGAGAUGGAGGAGGAACUUUUUGGAGGGUAA